UGAACCAUUUCGGGGGUAUCGACACCAUCUACGAGGAAGAACGCGAGUUCUCUUCUACCUCCUCUCCCUCUCUUUCACCUUCCUUUUCUCCUUCUCCUCCAUCCCUUCACUCCCUAGUCAAUGCUUGGUCUCUCGACUCCCGGUGUGAAACAGACAUCUUGAUACGUGUUCAAGGAACCUCUUUUCGUUUGCACAAGGAUCGUAUGAUAUCACAAAGUUCAUACCUUAAACGGCAUCUAACGGGAGUUUCCAACUUCACUCUCUCACCGCCGUUAAACAUAACGCCAGAAAUGUUCGCCGCGGUGGCUGAAUUCUGUUACAGCCGCAAAGUGCAGUUAACGCCGUCUAACGUUGCCGCCAUCAGAACGGCGGCGGAGUUGCUGGGCAUGACGGAGGGGGAGAGUCUGUGUGACGUGACGGAAGCGUACUUCGAGAGUGUCGUUGGCGUUGACGCGUCGAUAGUUCUGCGUUCGUGCCUGCCUCUGCUUCCCGACGCCGAAACGACAGCGUCGCUUGCCAGCAGAUGUAUUGAAGCGAUGGUUUGGGACGAUGACGUUGGUUGUUUGAACGACGUUGUCGUUGGAAUGGAGCCUCAGGAUUUUCAAACGGUAGCGUACUCCUUGAACAAACGGCUACCCAACCACGACGUUUUGUAUAAGAUGGUUGAUCUUUAUCUCAAGGAAAACAAGCAUGGGAAACUAACAGAGGAACAAAAAAUGGAAAUAUGCAACUCAUUAGAUUGUACGAAGCUGUCUUCUGAAACUAUCGUGAAUUGUGUUCAAAAUCCAGUAAUGCCGCUGAGGUUCAUAGUGCGUGCGAUACUGGUGGAGCAUCUCAACACUCGCCGCUCCGUGGCUGCGGCGACAAUAAUCGAUGCGCAACAGAUGGAACGAUCCUCACUGAGGGACUUUCUCCAGCGUGACACGGCUCGUCGUGAAACGGCACAGCUGAAAGAGGCAAUGGAUUCCACGUGCUCUCGUAUUAAAAGCCUUGAGAAAGAACUGAGAGGAAUGAGGAAGAUUCUUCUGGAGCAUGAAGCUGAGGAAGAGGAGAAGGGGAAUGUGUUGAACUCAGCGCGUUCGGCGAGUUUCCAUUUUGUGGCAGGUGAGGGUGAGAGCAGCAAAAUAGAGAGGGGAGGAAGAGGCUCUGUCUCGUCUUCGGGGUUUCUACUUGAUCGCAUCAUAACCAGUCGAAAUGAUGAAGAGGAAUCGACUCAUGACGGUAGCGGAACUCCAAAGACGACCAGAACUUUUCGCCAUAGGUUCGUGUCUGGUCUCAAAAAUGCAUUUCGAAUAUCCAAUUCUGCCUCAAAUUAAGAAUAAUUUUAAAUUAAUUUUACAAGUGUACAUAGGAGUGUGCGCAUCCUCAUAGUACUAAUGUUAUUGGCCAGCGCUGAAUAUAUAUUCCACGCAAUUUUCGUCUUUUUUCUUGCUGCACAUUCGUCAAUGCCAUAGUUGCUAUUUCUAGUUUUG